CCCCCCCCCCCCCCCCCCCCGGCUACCCCAUCUGUAAAACACUGGAGCCGCCUCUGCCCGUCACAUAAGGAAGGAAUGAGGAAAUGGGGAGAAAAAAGGAAACACUGAUGCGGCUCCUCAUCUCAUCCCGAACGUGUAAAUAUUGAGGAGGAUGAUUUGGGACACAUGGAUUACCUCCCGCUCGUUGAGCUGUGUUGAUCUCCUGCACAACCAGAACAGUUAAAAUCCGCCCUGAUGGCAAGGCAGCGGUUCGUCUGACAGACGAUCUUCUACCUGGCAGAUUCAGGUCACACAGACCUCGUUUACUUUUGAGUUGAGAAAUUCCAGAUGAGAUGAAUGUGAUCCGACAGAUUUAUUAUCAUGGAAAUAAACAAACAUAAACUGAAAGCAGUCGGGCUUCGUGUGCAGAAACUGGAGCUGUGGAUUAUUUGAUUUUAAAACUGUUGAUUGUUUAAAGUUUCACCGGAAUGAAGGAAAUAAGACAGAAAUCGAUUUAGUAUAUAUAUAUUAAAAAGGUUUUAAGUGUCGUUUGUAGAAAAUAAUGUAGAGAAUGAGUGUGACUUUUGUUUGGUUAUUGUUUGUGUUUGCUGCUCACACACGUCGACCAAAAUAAUCCUAACGCUGUGUAAAGGUUAGAGGUCGCUCACCGCGCCUAGUUCAUGUGUUCAUUCAUAAUCAGUCCUUCACUGUAGUCACGAAUGAAUGAAUCUCUGUGGGCUGCAUUUGUCAGACUUUAGGAUGCGGCCAGUUUUACUCAUAUUUAUCUCCACGGGUUCAGAGACAUUAAAAAGCUGUUUGACUGUUGAGGAUAAAUUCUUGUUGUAAAUGUGAACCUUAAAUCAUAGUUACAGGAGGAUUUGAUCCAAAGUUUUGAGGAGAAAUCAGACCUUUGCUUUUUGAAAACACACGUAGUACAAAUAUUUAAUAAGGUUAAAAAAAAAACACUCCAUGGUUUCUGGUUCAUAACAAAUUUAUAUUUAAUGCAUUUAAAGGUAGGACAUGUAAGAAAUAAGAUUAUACAACAUUUUAAAAUGCUGUUCGUCUUCAAGAACCCAAGAUGAUCCCUUCUCAAAAAAAAAUCACUAAGAAGCUGAACCUGUCAGAAUGUUGUUUUUAGUUUAUGCAUUACAUAGUUAAUAUUUCCAACUGUCUGUGAAUGCUUUUAUGUUUUAAUUUCAUUCAGAUGUGAAAUCUGGUGGUAACACUGAUGUUUGGGUCUUUGUUUUUAAUGUGAGAGGGAUGUACUGCUGAUCGAUGGAUCUUAUUUUGAAGGGGCCAACCUUGUGUAUAUUUUAUUAAAAUUUCAAUAAAUACAAAAUUCCUCUUUUCAAACGAGUCUGCAUCAGUUUCUUUCUGUUAUUAAACUUUGAAAGUUACCGUUCGAUCUUGUGCAAAAAUGUUUUUGGUGUUUUGUUUUGUUUUUUCUCUAAUGUGCACAUGACCUUUUUGCCAUUUAAAGUUAAGUGUCUGUUGUUUCCUGUCUGACAUUUGAGUCCAUGACAGGAAACCAGACCCACCAGACUUUGUGUGAAGCAUCUGCAGCACGAUGAGCCACUGGUAAGAUGAUUGACAUUUAACCCUACAACAGGAAAGUCGAGAUAUUUGUUUACUGGGCUCAAACGUUUUGCCCGUAAUAUAAUUCAGAAAACCAGUAAACAAUAAAAUUAAAUGAAGAAGCUCCAAAAAAGUGAAUUUAAUAAAAAAAAUUUUGUCACUAAAUAAAUUUAGAAAUACGAAUUGAAUCUGAAUAGCUGCUAAUAUAAAAAAGGUUUAAAAAAAGGACACUUGACAAAAUUCUGUAACUUUAAUUUUGACCGGUUUUGACCUGACGUAACCUUACUGUCGGCAUUCUCAAAAGCUUAUAAAAUAAAGCUCUUCAAAUCUCACAUUUUUGACAUUUUCUGUGAACAAACUUUAAAAAAAUACAAUCUUCUGUAUUUUUCCCUGCAGACUCGCUCUCCAUGACAGCAGUAACGUUUUCCAGUUCUUCUAGUCUCACCUCAUCGGUUCUGGUCCAGUUCCAGCUUGGCCUGUUCAGGGAGGUGGUUCGGGUCCCAGCAGGCAACCUGAGCUAUGGCCAUGCCAUGAGGCUGGCUGCAGAAGUCAUCAAACGCAAGGCUCCAGACUGCAGCGUGGUGGGCGUCGGCGAGAAGCUCCUCCUCUUCAGACAUCAACCCGCCUCUGAACAGCUGCUGCAACGCCUGACAGACGCCGAUGAGCUGCAGGAUGGAGACCUCAUCGAGGUUAUCGUGUCAGCAUCAGCGUCUGUGGCUCAUAUAAGGCUCCGCCCACACUGCCUGGUUGUCCACUCGUACAGGUCACCCACUUUCUGUCACCACUGUGGAGAGUUCCUGUGGGGCCUCGUUCGCCAGGGAUUAAAAUGUGACAGUUGUGGGUUAGACUUCCAUAAACGAUGUGCGUGGCUUUUGCCCAACAAUUGUAGCCGUGCACGGCGUCAAAUCAGCGGCAGUGUUUCCCUCUUCUCUUCCCGACGCCCUCCUUCGCACUCCCUCUCCACACAGGCAGGGGGCAGUCUGGAAGAGCUGAGCAUGUCCAAGUCCAGGUCUUCUUCAUGGGUGGAGCCUCCGGUCUGGCUGGGAGUGGGCUUAGGUGACACGACUCGGGUCCAGGUCCCACACACCUUCCACAUCCACAGCUACACCACACCAACAGUCUGUCAGUACUGCCACCGACUGCUCAAAGGACUCUUCAGACAGGGUCUGCAGUGCUCAGACUGCAGGUUUAACUGCCAUCGGCGCUGCGAGCCGUUGGUCCCAAAAGACUGUGUGGGAGAGCGAAGAGGUGUCAACAAGAACAAAUCCGCAGCAUCUGGUCACAGCUCAGCUCGAGACUCUGAGGAUGACGAGUCUGAACCCGGCAGCCUGACUCAACUUGAAAUCUCUGACGAUGAGGCGUUCACUGACAGUGACACACCAGCUCCCAUCGAGGAAGGUGAACAGCUGCGAGAACCAAUGAGUCCAUGUUUCAGCAAUUACAUUCCAGUGAUGCGGCUCGUCCAGUCGGUACAUCACAGUAAGCGGAGAGGCGGUGGCAUCCUGAGAGAAGGUUGGCUGCUGCAUUACACCAACACAGACAUACUGAGGAAACGUCAUUACUGGAUUUUGGACUGGAAGAGCAUCACUCUGUACCAGAACGAGAGCAGCACCAAGUACUAUAAGGAGAUCCCACUGUCCGAGGUGUUACAGGUUCGAGGCCCUGCUCAACUCGCCAUUCCACUGUUGCCAGGCAAUGUUCCUCAUUCCUUCGAGGUAGUGACGGCGUCACUGGUGUGCUGCGUGGUUGCUGGUGAGGAUGGGCCAGCCUGGGAGAGUGCCAUCCGUCAGGCCCUGAUGCCAGUGCAGGGUAACAAGGACAACCAGGGUGAGGACAUCAGCUCGUUCUAUCAGAUCUGCACAGAUGAGGUGCUCGGCUCCGGACAGUUUGGGGUCGUGUACAGAGGCACCCACAGAAUGUCAGCUCGGCCGGUCGCCAUCAAAGUCAUCGACAAGAUGCGUUUCCAGACCAAACACGAGCGCCAGCUGAGGAACGAAGUGGCCAUCUUACAGAAUCUGUCCCACCUUGGGGUCGUGCUGCUGGAGGCCGUGUUUGAGACAGCGGCGCAUGUCUUUGUCGUCAUGGAGAAGCUCCACGGCGACAUGCUGGAGAUGAUCCUCUCCAGUGAAAAGGGCCGACUUCCUGAAUGCAACACUCGCUUCCUGGUCAUGCAGAUCCUGGAGGCGCUGCGGUAUCUGCACUUGAAACACAUCGCCCACUGUGACCUAAAGCCCGAGAACGUCCUGCUGGUGUCCGCUGACCCGCUUCCUCAGGUGAAGCUGUGCGACUUUGGCUACGCCCGCAUCAUUGGUGAGAGGUCUUUUCGUCGGUCGGUGGUGGGCACGCCCGCCUACCUGGCACCUGAGGUAAUUGGCAGUGGCGGUUAUAACCGCUCACUGGACAUGUGGUCGGUGGGCGUCAUCAUGUAUGUCAGCCUGAGCGGGACGUUUCCCUUCAAUGAGGAUGAGGACAUCAGGCAGCAGAUCACCAACGCCACCUUCAUGUACCCGCGCCAAACCUGGGCCUCCAUCUCCCUGGAGGGGGUGAGUCUGAUCAGUAACCUGCUGCAGGUGUCCGUCAGACGGAGGUUCACUGUGGGAAAAGCGCUGGAGCACAGCUGGCUGCAGGACUUCCAGCUGUGGUGUGACCUCAGAGAGUUUGAGCAGCGGAUUGGCUGCCGCUAUCUGACACACAGUGCUGAUGAUGAGCGCUGGAGACGCCACGCCCACAACUGUGGCCUGGACUUCCCCUCCCACCUCUGCUGGGACUCUAACCACAACCCAGACACCAGUGUGGAGGUUAAAGGAGAGCAUAUACUCAGUGGAACUCAGCCGGCUGAUCCAGAUCCCAAGGACUCAUUCCAGGUUCAGUACUCAUCAGAUAGUAGCCUGUGGAGAUGAGACGGGCACGGAUGUCCUCUAAAUCCAUCAUGCUGGUUCUCACUGAACAGGAAAACAACAAUUACGGGAU